AUGACGAGAUCAACUACCGCCCAUGCCGACUAUUACCAGAUCCUCGGUAUCCCGUUCACAGGGUCGUCGGCAGGCCUGUCGAAGCAACAGAUCAAACUCGCGUACCACAGAGCCCUGCUCAAGCAUCACCCCGACAAGGCAGGUGCUGUCGCACAGGACGCAGGAAUAAGGGGAUCAGCGAGUUCCGAUGGGUUUCUUACGCGGUCGGGCGAGGACGCUUCGCGGCAGCGGGCGUAUACCAUUGAUGAGAUUACAACUGCGUAUAAGGCUCUAUGCGACCCGACACUGCGGGCAGAGUAUGAUCGCGCGCUGAGACUGGACCGGUUGAAGGUCGCGGAACGAGAGAAGACCGGCGACGUCUUCCAUACUGGGCUGGAGGUUGUGGAUCUGGAGGAUCUUGCGUGCGAUGAGCAUGGUGCGGAUGACGGGCCCGGCGCCUGCUGGUAUCGCGGCUGUCGGUGUGGGGAUGAGAGGGGGUUUUCGGUCACGGAAGAAGAUUUGGAGAGAGAGUCGGAGCAUGGCGAGAUCGUUAUUGGGUGCCGGGGGUGCAGUCUCUGGCUGAAGGUGCUUUUUGCCAUUGAGGAUGAUGGCUGA